AUGUUUCCGGAAGUGAAUGAAGGUAGAAAGGGUUGUUUAGAUCGCGUAGCCAAAUUUCGCUUUCUUUUCUUUCUUUGUUUUAAUAUACCAGAGUAGAUUUAAUUGACAAUAAAAUCGUCUGGGUUGAAAAAUCGUUAAAAUAAAUAAAUAAAGAAGAGAGUAAGCUUCUGUUAAUUUGAAUGCGAUUGGAUUAGCUUUGUUAUUUGAAUAGACAGGUGUUUCUGGGUGGGAAUUUAGUGUCAUGGAUGAAGUGGGACCGUUUUAGUGUUCUAGACCGUUUAGAUGAAUAAUCAGGAACGCUUUCGGUGAGGUAGAUCGCAGUUAAUGAAAUAUUGGAGAGCUCAGUUUAAAAGGAAAGCUAGUUAGGUAACUACGGUUAGCUAACAUCCGGUUUAAAUAGCCCCGCAAGCAGGUAACGUCAGAUUUGUUAGAAGGAAGGAACCAGUGAGCAUUUUCUAUCUGAGCUUAUCUUCAGGCUUUGGGCUGAUCGAGGUGCAAAAAAUGUCGACGUCGAAUUUCAAGAAUAAAUGUGUCGCCCAAGUGAACUGCAUUUACUGCGACAGCCUCCUGUGUACAAGAGGAAUGAAAGCUGUGCUUCUAGCAGACACUGAAAUCGAGCUUUUCUCCACCGACAUGCCUCCAAACAGGACUGUCGAUUUCGUCGCUGGCUGCUAUUCGACCGAAAGCUGUAAAUGUAAAUUAAGAGACAUCGCUUGCCUGAAAUGUGGAAAUGUUGUGGGGUAUCAUGUAGUGGCUCCGUGCAAACCCUGCCUACUCUCCUGUAACAAUGGCCACUUCUGGAUGUUCAACAGUGAAGCUGUUUCCACCAUCAACAGACUGGAUGCAUCAGGAGUGAAUCUGCUGCUAUGGGGAGAUCUACCAGAGCUGGACGGAAGCGAGGACGAGAGCUCGGACAGCCUUUCAGAAGAGGAAUACCUCAGAUAGAAUGUAGACAGAUUAGGAGGUACCAACCCACCCUCUGUCCAUCCCUUUUAAAUGAACUACUUGGGGGAAUCAAGACACCACAUUCGAAGAUCAUUCUCACCACAGAACGAUGAAGUUUUCUGUCUUACCGUUGCCCCCUCAGCUGCAGUAUGCUUUCGAGUAUAUUUUUGCUACAGCAUUCAUCUUGUUGACCAUUUCACAAGCAUCGAGUCGUUUUUGUUGUUUGUUUUGUUUUUAGGAUAGCUAAAUCCUAAUGGUACGUUAAGAUGUAUGUGAAAAAAAAAGCGCAGUGUCCAAAUACGCCUGUUAUGCAGUUGUUCAACCGCAGCAGUGUGCAUAUACUUGAAAUAUAAAUAAUGUGGGCAACUUUUUUUUUUUUUUUUAAGCUUUGUCUGUGAAAGACAAACAUUUCAUUUAAUUUAACUGUGUUUAAUAACCGCUUUUCCUUAAACAUGCCCUGUUUUGGAAUUUGAGGGAAAUUGAUGACAGUGUAAAUGUUAUGUACAUUACAUACACUUGGGCUCGGUGAUGUGCUAAGAUGCAUAGGGUUUUUUGUUUGUUUGUUUGUUUUUUAACAUUGUUUGGAAAGUAAAGCAGCACAAGCGAAUGACUUUUGCAGUGAAUGACUUCCAAGCUAGCCUGGUCGCCAACAUUUUUUUAUUAAAAACGCUGAUGAUGUACGUGUCUAAAUAACUUGAACUGAAAUUGUAUUUGCUGAUAUUUAAAAUAGCCUCUUAUAUAAAAAAUUGCACUGAAUUACUAUUAACAAAACCAUGAAUUUAUUUAUGUACACAGCUUGGUACUUGCAUUAUAUAUUUUCUUUGUUUUGUACAUGCACAAAAAUGAAAAUUUACAUUUUAAUAUGUAGCACGGUGGUAUUUUUUGCUUCCCACAUUUGUGUUCGGCAGAAUUGAACCAAUAGACUUGAUUUUAAUACUUUUUUUCUUCUUUGGGUCUCUUUUCAUAAGAACAUUUCAUUAAACGGACAAAAAAAGAAGACUAUGAAUUACUGUACUCCUCCCACCCUAUUUUUGUGGAAAAUGUAUUUUACAAAAAAAAAAAAAAGGAACUAAUUCACUGUAUUAAUGUGAUGAUUAAUUACAUUUUUGUUUUGAUUAGCAUUUCAAUGUGAUGGCUUGUGUUCUCUCAAAAUUUCACCUCACAUAUUUUAAGUGAUAUGGUGUGAAUAUGUAAUUCUGGUCCGAAUUGGUAGAAAUGUUUAAUCUUUUAUUGGCUUUUUUUUUUUCCUUCUUCUUACAGAUGUUUGCCAAUUUGCAUUAAGAUGACCAAAAAACCAAAAUGCUAGAAGUGAUAUUAUUUUUAACUUAUUAGCAGAAACGGUUUAUUUUCUGUAAUUUAUCAACCAUGUGAAUGUAUAUAUUUAUGGACAGACAUGAGACUGUAUUUAUACUUGGAGAAUUUCUCUUGUACCAUCUGAAGACUGAAAAGGACGUUUGUAAUUCUUUGACUUUGCACUGUAAAGGUGUCGCUGUAAAAGGGGUGAACCUCGAGUUGUUUUGUAUGCUUGCUGUCUUGGUAUUAAACGUUUUUAACGUGGA